UUUGUAGGCAAUAGGAAAAAAAAAAUUUCGCGCCUGCCUGUCCCACCUCACUGUCUCGCCAGUCCUCAUGUGUAAAAAUAAUCAAAAUACUUAUUAUUCUCUCCAUCUCCGUUGCAUCUCCUUCUCCUUUCUCUUAUUAUUUUUUUUCUUCUGUCAAAAUCAUUUUCUAAAGGUUGCAUCUCCGUUGCAAACCCACUUUCUUUCCUCAAAACCAGCUGCCCUCUGCAUCUCCAAAGGUGGUGGUCAUCGAUCGAUCUGCUGGUUGCCGUUUAAAGCUGUUCUGGUCCCUGGUUGUUUCCGUUCUGCAGCUCCUUUUUUGCUAUCCUAUUUGGCCUCGCAACGCCUCCAAAAUUCGUAUCUCUGUUAGGGUCCAAGCUGCAAAACCUCCUGCCCGAGUGGAAGUGCCAAAAGUAGUGCCAAAAUUCAAUCCCUCGUUUCUUGGAUUCACCAAGACUGCUGAAAUUUGGAAUCCUAGAGCUUGUAUAAUUGGUCUUGUUGGAAUCUUCAUUGUAGAAUUGGCAUAGAGAAGUGGACUGGGUAUAAGCUUCAAAUCUGCAAUUAUUCGUUCCUGAACCAUUUCAAGGCCAGGUUGUACUUUAUAAUGGCACCAAAGAGGAACUUACGAGCUCAACCGAAGAAGGGAGGUAAGAAGGUGGAAAGUAAGAGACGCGGUGGUAGCACAUUAGCACCCGACUGUAAGUGUCGACGAACUACUAGGCAGAAAUCUAAAGCUGAGACGGAAAGCACCAAACUUCCAGGGCACAUUCCACUUUCCUCUCCCCCAUCUGAGAUGCCCAUCGACGCUCCAAAGGAACGGAUCUUUCAGGAUGCCGAUAUAUUUAAAGUUAGGGCACAUUCAUUCGGGAAUCCAAUAGAAGCGAACAAAGUAAUUACAAGUGUCCUCACAAGCGAGCAGUUGGAAAAGUAUAGACAAACAUGUUUUGGACACUUACUUGACAUGAAAAACCUCAGGUUCUCUGGUCAGCUAGUGCAUCACCUGCUUUGCAGACGAGUUGUGUCCAACAAUCCAGAAGUACUGGAGUUUAACUUUGGCGGAUCUGGAGUGCGGUUUACGAAGUGGGAAUUUGCACUCAUUAGUGGCUUAAAGUUUUGUAGGUACCCUUCCAUGUAUGAUAUGCAAAUUUCCAAAGGAAAGGAGCUUCUCACGAGGUUGCUAGAUGACAGGACUGACUUGAAACUGCCCGAACUAGAACAAAUAUUCAAGGGUACACAUUUUGUGGAUGAUUGGGAUGCUGUAAGAAUUGCGUUAUUAUAUUUCUUAGUUCAUGGUGUACUCGGAAUGGAUCCGAGGGUUCAAAUAAAUAGAAAAUUCAUUGAUUUGGUUGCUGAUAUCGAGGUAUUUAAUUCCUACCCUUGGGGCAUUUUGAGCUACAAUGAGACAAUCAACUCAUUCCACAAUGCAUUCCAGCAUAGAGGACGUGCAGUAAAGAAUAAAUCACAAUCGUAUGACCUAAAAGGUUUUCCAUUGGCAUUUCAGUUGUGGGGGUUUGAGGCAAUCCCUGAUUUUGGUAACCAAUUUGGUGAGCGGCAAGAAACCCGUUGUCCGAGGAUCCUUAGAUGGCAUGCUACAAGUCAACCGAACCAUUUUGCUGUUCAUAAUUGGUUCACCUCAAAUAGCAAUUAUGUUGUGCACUGGAGGUUAGAUGCUACCGAUGAGGAGAAGACUAUGGAUUACUGGCGAACAAUAGCAGUGAACAUACAUGAAGUUCGCUAUACGGCACCACCACUUGUAGCACCGAUAGCCACCGUUGGUGCUAAAGAUGCGUCCAAAGCUGAGGAGCAUUCUAGUGGCCCUCCAGAUGCUAAUUUCAGGCUUGCUUGCUUGGAGGCAAAAUUUGAUGAAUUAAAGAAAGAGAUGGCAUCGUUAAGGAAGAUGCUUAGUUCUGUUAUUGACCAACAAAAGCAUCAGGCCGAACAUCAUAUGCACAGCCAUUCACCGUCAUCUUCGGUGAGACCAUCAUCCCCUGUGGCACCGUCAUUUGGAGAGCAAGCCGAAGAAUUUGAUGCACCCAUAGACGGUUCCAAUGGUAGGAAGGAGGAUGAUGAUUGUACUACACCGUUUGAGCCUAUCAUACCUGGAGGACCCUAUGUGGAGGAUUCCGGGGCUUUGGUGCCAUAUCAGCCUUUGCAUUGGGGGUGGGAUAUCAGUGCUUCAGCUGGCAGUCCACAUCAUGACCAAUCAGAUGAGAUUGAGGUGGAGGAUUGGACGCAUAACGUUUGUGAUACAAGCCGAUUCGGUAGAGUUUACCACCAGUCACCUCACGUCAUCUCUUCUUAUACCGACCCGUGUAAGAAGAAGGUCAAAUUUAAUCUUAAUCGACAUAUUGAUGCAUCGAAGGAGAGGGCGUUCGAUGAGUGGUUUAGGGUGGCACCGAACGAAGCAACCGUGUGUACGUCUUAUAUGAUGGUGGGGAAGAAAUUUUUUGCUGAGCUACUUACCUCUACAGGAUGGUUGACUUCCGAUCAUAUUGACACUAUUUUGUAUUUCAUACGAAAAAGGCGGUUUGAGAAUGAGAAGAUGUUCACCCACACCUGUGCCAUAUUAGAUGUGUUAUUUUGGUCAUCCAUCAAAGGGCGUUAUCCCAUAUGGGGGGCAUCUCGAAGCACAUAUUUAUGUGAUUCGACACUUUGUAGCUAUGUGCGUGGGAAGUCACCCAAACCUAGCGUGCCGUGGCGGCGAUGUGAUUAUGUGUACAUCCCUAUCAACAAUGGAGGCGCCCAUUGGUUGGCAGCAUGUGUGGACUUGAAGGCGCGACAUAUUGAUUUAUACGAUCCAAAUAUGGGAAAUAAAUAUGUCCAGAAUAAAGAGUUGAACAAUGCGGAAUGCCUUACAUAUAUGCUGCCUUACCUAUUGAGGGAUGGGGGAUAUUACGAGAAGAAUCCGGACGUGCCUCCCACUUUAGAACCAUUCACGAUGACCAUGAUCAAAGAUGCACCCCGCCAAGAUAAUGGGGGUGAUUGUGGUGUCUAUGCUUUGAAAUUUAUUGAAUACAAGAGCAGUGAGGAGACUCUUUCAUUUGGCCCGGAAGACAUUAGGUUUUUUAGAAAAAAAUAUGCUGUUGAUUUGUACUUUAAUAAAUUUUCAAUGUAGAUCAUAUGUUUAAUGUUAUGACACUCUAUACUAAUGUUAUCUUAAUAUGCUGAA